ACUCUUGUAUUAUUUAUUUAUUUAUUUAAUAUUUUUUUAUUUUUUAUUUUUUGUUUUUUCACACAUAAACCUGCAACUUUAUCUCUCCAUUGAAACUGCUAUGAUCUAACGCUUCUCCUAAACUAUUUCAUCAAGAAUAUCAAGUAUAGUAAUGUUCAGGCUACCACCAAAGCAACACCGUUUUCUUCGUUCAUUCCACCCUUUCAGAUGGAGGCUAGUCAAGCUAAGGGUGAGGCAAGCAAUCGAGGUAGAGGUAAAAAUAAAAGGUAUUGGACGUAUGAAGAAGAUGCGGUUCUAAUAAGAUAUUUGCAUAAGUUGAGUUGCGAUUUGAAGUGGAAGUGUGAGAAUGGGUUUAAGAAUGGUUACAUGAAUAAGUUGGAAGAGAUGAUCAAUGGUGUACUUCCUAAUUGCGGCUUGAGAGCGGUUCCCCACAUUGAGUCGAGGAUCAAGAAUUGGUCGGAGAAAUAUAGUGCAUUGGAGGAAAUGUUAUCCACCUCAGGAUUUGGAUAGGAUUUGGAUGGGAUGAUGAGAAGAAGAUUCUUCAAGUAGAUAAGUCGGUGUUCGACGGAUGGGUAAAGACUCAUAAGAAAGUUAAGGGGUUAUUUGGACUUCCAUUCGUUCAUUAUGACACUCUAGCAGAAAUUUAUGCAAAAGACAAAGCUACCGGAGAUGCAAGUGAGUCGUUUGUUGAUGCUAUAGAAGAUAUGGAUCAAGACAUUGAUAAGCAACCAUUGAAUGUCGAGAGUGAUGAAGAUGAUGUGAAUUCUACUCAUUCAGACACUUAUUCUUCUACAAGUCAAUCCGGAAAACGUCCCAUGAAGAUAGAGGAUGAUCACUCAACUCCUUCAAAAGUGGCAAAAGUGAAGGCUUCUACGAUUCAUUCUUCCGCAAGUGAUUCCACUACUCAAUCCGGAAAACAUUCUACAAAGGCGAAGGAGGCUAAGGUAAAGGGAAAGAACAAGGUAGGUUUGAAGAGUUUUUGUAGGAAUGAUGAUGAUGAUUUGGUGGCCUCCCUCCAUGAUGUUUCUAACAAUUUUGGGAAGAUAUUUGAAAAUAUCAAUGUUAAUCUUGGGACUAUGGCUAGUGCAUGGUCUAAAGCGGAAGAAAGAGAGAAAAUGAUGGAUGAAAAAGUGAACAAGGUUUUGGAUGAGGUGAUGAAGUUAGAUGGAAUUUCUCCAUCCAAAGCUUUAGAGGUUGCUACAAUUCUCAUGGCGGAAGAACAUAAGCUUCGCAUCUUCUAUCAAGCUCCAACUAAUAUGAAGAAACAAUAUGCAAUUGAUCUUCUUAAGAAGAAGUAGAAAGUUUUGUCCUAAGUUGUUGUUAUUGGAGUUAAUGUUUUAAUGGUUUUUAAAUGCUUUUUUUUUUUUUUUUUUUUUUUUUUUUUUUUUU